AUGACAAAAACAAUGGCGACCUCAACCAUCAAGACCAUUCGAAAUUUGGCGAUCCCAAAUUUCUCUAUUUGUCACAAGCUCGAGCUCCUCAAGGAMGAAGGCAAAACMCACRACCSGAAACGCSAAGAAGAAGAUGAAGGGCUAAGCUACGAGUUUCAAGAGAUGUUAGAGUCUUUGCCUAAGGAGAGAGGUUGGAGAACUCGUUACCUUUACCUAUUCCAAKGUUUUUGGUGCCAAUCCAAGGAAAUUCAAGCUAUCAUUUCAUUCCAAAGACAUUUCCAACCACUUCAAAACGACGUCGUUCUCGCCACCAUACCUAAAUCCGGUACAACUUGGUUAAAAKCUUUAACUUUUACCAUCCUUAACCGACACUUGUUUGAUCCGGUUUCCUCAAGUACCGACCACCCACUUCUCACAUCCAACCCUCAUGACCUYGUACCUUUCUUCGAGUACAAGCUUUACGCGAACGGAGACGUUCCUGAYCUCUCCGGUCUAGCCAGUCCAAGAACGUUCGCAACACACAUCCCUUUCGGUUCCUUGAAAGAUUCGAUCGAGAAACCAGGUGUGAAGGUCGUGUACUUAUGCCGGAACCCGUUUGACACAUUCAUCUCCUCAUGGCAUUACAUCAACAGCAUCAAGUCGGAGUCAGUGAGCCCGGUCUCGUUAGAAGAAGGGUUUGAUCUGUAUUGCAGAGGAGUGAUCGGGUUUGGUCCGUUUUGGGAACACAUGUUGGGAUACUGGAGGGAGAGCUUGAACAGRCCAGAGAAAGUCUUUUUCUUAAGGUACGAGGAUCUGAAAGAAGACAUAGAGCCCAACUUGAAGAAGCUUGCAAGCUUCUUGGGACUUCCUUUCACUGAAGAAGAGGARMRAAAGGGAGUAGUGAAGGCGAUCUCGGAUCUGUGUAGCUUCGAGAAUCUAAAGAAGUUGGAAGUGAACAAGUCAAGCAAAUCGAUCAAGAACUUUGAGAAUAGGCACUUGUUUAGGAAAGGAGAAGUGAGUGAUUGGGUUAACUAUCUGUCGGCUUCACAAGUGGAGAGAUUGUCAGACUUAGUGGAUGACAAGUUAGGUGGAUCUGGUCUCAGUUUCAGGUACGGCUAA